AGGAAGUCUUGCAAAAAUGGACACUCACCAACCGCAAGCAAAUGUAGCUGGUGGAGCACGCGCCUAUCAGAGUUAACUAGCUUCUUUAAUCUGACGCGAUCACACACAAACCUCAUUCAUGUUAGAGAAAGGAAGGAAGUCUUCUUGCUACUUCGCACUUUCUCACCCGCUGUUUCGGCUACGCUCAGACUAUUGGAUAAAUAUCGAGACAACGGUGUAUAAUUUUGAAACCCAGAGAUGGCCCAGGCAAAUAACUCGAUACAUAACUGCUCCUCAAUUGAUGACUUUCGCAACCAAGUCUAUUCCACCACCUACUCCAUCAUCACAGUUUUUGGGCUGGUGGGCAACGGCUUCGCCCUGUAUGUGCUAAUCCGGACCUAUCGGCAGUCCUCGGCCUUCCAUGUUUAUAUGCUCAAUUUGGCUAUCUCGGACUUGCUGUGUGUCAGUACGUUGCCCCUGCGAGUGCUCUACUAUGUCAAGAAGGGUCAGUGGGACCUGGGUGACUUCCUGUGCCGGAUUAGUUCCUAUACUUUCUACGUCAACCUCUAUUGCAGCAUCUUCUUCAUGAUGGCCAUGAGCUUCACGCGCUUCCUGGCUAUCGUCUUCCCUGUGCAAAACCUGAGCAUGGCCACCGAGAGGAGAGCACGUGCCGUCAGUGCCUUCAUCUGGGUGUUCAUCUGCGCCAGCAGCUCACCCUUCCUGCUCUACGGCCAGCACAAGGACAUGAACACACAGAAGAUGAAAUGCUUCGAGCCACCGGAGGAGGUGGGAAGGGUGCAUAAGCUGGUGAUGCUCAACUACAUCUCGUUGGUGGUGGGCUUUGGGCUGCCCUUCCUGGUCAUCCUGGUAUGCUAUGCCGGCAUUGUGCGGGUGCUGCUACGCAAUACGAACGGCCUGAAUAAGCAGCGCAACACCCGCAAACGUGCCAUCCGCAUGAUCAUCGUGGUCAUGCUGGCCUUCCUGAUCAGCUUCAUGCCCUACCAUGUGCAGCGCACCAUGCACCUGCACUUCAAACAGCACCAGGGUGCCUCAUGCGAAGACAUCAACUACAUGCAGAAGUCGGUGGUGGUCACAUUGUGCCUGGCUGCUGCCAACUCCUGCUUUGAUCCCAUGCUGUACUUCUUCUCCGGCGAGAACUUCCGUAGCCGUCUCUCCACCUUCCGGAAGACGUCAGUGAGCAUAGAGAACGCUCAGUGUUCCUCACGCCCACGUCGCUUGAGGCUGAGCAUCCAGGAGCAGGAGGAACAUGAACUGCAGAACUGUUGCCCUUAGGGUAUGAAGGUAAAAUGGUAGUUGGUCAUAAUGGAAGCUUAGGACAAAUUUGAAGGACAGUGUGUCUGCAGUGCAAAAAGAGAAGGAAGAUAUAGAUAAACAGACGUGAAAGUCUGAUAUAAACAUCCAGAAAGGGAAGGAAGCAAAAGGAUCAUGCAGAAUUUAUACAACAUGUUAUAUAUGGGUUAGCAGUGCUUUUUACGCCAGUUGUCUGUUUUCAGCAGCCUAUUUUUUUUAUAUUUUCACCACUGCUAGGUGAAUUAUAAUUUCAAGUUUCAAAUAAGUGAUAAUGUACAUAGUGUAUAUUUUUGAUGGUGUAUGUUUGAAGUGUUGUGUGAAACAAUUUGAAAAAUAAUACAAAUUAUUAAAUAAUAAUAAUUUUGUGAUGUGAAAAUAAACCAGUUAUGUUAA